CAGCGUGUGGUGUCGCCACGAGGCCCCGCGACAAAUCCCCGGGGCGACGGCAUCUUCGCCUCCCCACCCCUUCCCAGCUUCCUCCGUCUCUCCCCUGAUCCCCUCACACAAAUUGCCUUUCUUUCUUCUUCGUCUUCUUUUCCGAGGCCUCCCCCACUCCCGAGCAGUCCACCACUGCUGGGUGCUACUCCCACCACCACCACCACCACCGCCCACCGCGCCAAGCUGCCGCCGAGUGCUAGCUAGCUGCCCGCGCCAUGGCCUCCGUGGCGGCCGCCUCCACGCUGGCCCCGGCCAUCGCCGCCCGCCGGCGCCGCGCGGGGCCGCCGCUGUCCCCACGCCGGCUUGCGGUCCUGCGGUGCUCGCUCGACAGCAACGUCUCCGACAUGGGCAUCAACGCUCCUAAAGGGUUGUUCCCACCUGAGCCGGAGCACUACAGAGGGCCGAAGCUCAAGGUGGCCAUCAUAGGGUCCGGCCUCGCCGGCAUGUCCACCGCUGUCGAGCUCUUGGACCAGGGCCACGAGGUUGAUUUGUAUGAGUCCCGGCCAUUUAUCGGUGGUAAGGUCGGCUCGUUUGUCGAUAAACAAGGGAACCAUAUCGAGAUGGGGUUGCAUGUGUUCUUCGGGUGCUACAACAAUCUUUUCCGCCUCAUGAAGAAGGUUGGCGCUGAUAACAAUCUGCUGGUGAAGGAACACACCCAUACUUUUGUUAAUAAAGGGGGCGCGAUUGGUGAACUUGAUUUUCGGUUCCCCGUUGGAGCUCCAUUACAUGGUAUUCAAGCAUUCCUAAGAACUAAUCAACUCAAGGUUUAUGAUAAAGCAAGAAAUGCAGUUGCUCUUGCCCUAAGCCCAGUUGUCCGGGCUCUAGUUGAUCCGGAUGGUGCAUUGCAGCAAGUGCGGGGCUUGGAUGAUGUAAGUUUCAGUGAUUGGUUCAUGUCCAAAGGUGGUACUCGGGAGAGCAUCACAAGAAUGUGGGAUCCUGUUGCUUACGCUCUGGGUUUCAUCGACUGUGAUAAUAUCAGUGCACGUUGCAUGCUUACUAUUUUCACCCUGUUUGCCACAAAGACAGAGGCAUCUUUGUUACGCAUGCUAAAGGGUUCACCUGAUGUUUACUUAAGUGGCCCGAUAAAGAAGUACAUAACAGACAGGGGUGGUAGGUUUCACUUAAGGUGGGGAUGCAGGGAGGUUCUAUACGAGAAAUCACCUGAUGGUGAAACCUAUGUUAAAGGCCUUCUCCUCUCCAAGGCUACAAGUAGAGAGAUAAUCAAAGCUGAUGCAUACGUUGCAGCUUGCGAUGUCCCGGGGAUCAAAAGACUACUACCAUCAGAAUGGAGGGAAUGGGAAAUGUUUGACAACAUCUACAAGUUGGAUGGUGUUCCUGUUGUCACUGUUCAGCUUCGCUACAAUGGAUGGGUUACUGAACUACAAGAUCUGGAGAAAUCAAGACAACUGCAAAAGGCGGUUGGUUUGGAUAACCUUCUGUACACUCCAGAUGCAGAUUUUUCCUGCUUUUCAGACCUUGCACUUUCAUCUCCUGCUGAUUACUACAUUGAAGGACAAGGUUCCCUGAUCCAAGCUGUGCUAACUCCUGGUGAUCCGUACAUGCCAUUACCAAAUGAGGAGAUCAUUAGUAAGGUUCAAAAGCAGAUCUUAGAAUUGUUCCCUUCUUCCCGAGGCUUGGAACUUACGUGGUCCAGUGUUGUAAAAAUUGGACAAUCUUUGUAUCGUGAGGCUCCUGGAAAUGAUCCAUUCAGACCUGAUCAGAAGACACCCGUUAAAAACUUCUUCCUGUCUGGCUCUUACACGAAACAGGACUACAUUGACAGCAUGGAAGGAGCAACUCUAUCUGGUAGGCGAACAGCAGCAUACAUCUGCGGUGCUGGAGAGGAGCUGGUGGCCCUCCGAAAGAAGUUAGUUGUUGACGACAGUGAGAAGGCGUUGGGAAAGGUUGAAGCCCUGCAGACAAGUUGACCUUGUAAUCACACCAUGCUGGAAUGGCCAACCAAACCAUAGCUUUCUCGCUUCUGGGUGCAGGCGAUUGCCGCAGCGACUUUCUGUAAAUCCUAUUUUGAGCAUUAGAUUUGCCGCUGCCUUUUAGCCUCGACACAUCCCUUGUUGUGGCGUUUUCGAUCUGUAAUUCACAGCCAGGGUGUCUAGGUGGCAUACGGGAUUACCUCAGGCAGCGUGUAUGUUCAGUUGGAACUUGAUUAGUCAUUGGGACGAUUAAUUGGUGAUAUAUAGCGCACACUGUUCUUAGUCUUAUGAGAAAUGGUGAUAAUUUUAUCUGGGGA